GAUGUGUUUGGUUCGGUUGGCGAAGCCGUCCUUGUUCGCGAUUUUGAUCGCAGAUUGGUUGUCGCAGAGGAGUGAGAAGACGGGCAGGGUCGCAAUCUUCGCUUCCUCUAGCAACUCUCGUAGGUAGAGUCCUUCCUUGGUCGCAGUACAGAGGGCGAUAUAUUCUGCUUCAGCCGAAGAUAAGUCGAGGGCUCGCGCGGAGAUGGCGGCGGCGGAUGCUGGACGGAGACCCAUAGGCCGAGUAUCUGCAGUCCUGUUGGUGUGUGUCGAGGGGAAUUUUCAUUCCCGGAAUAGGCUGCUUCGUCACCGUCUUCUGGAUCAGGUUUUCGUUAUUGGCGACGGUGAUGAUGACGUCGCGGGUGAGGCGUCGCUCUCGUUGCACGAAGCGUCCGGAAGAACACAUGUGUUGACCACAGCAGCUGUCCAAGAACCAGGUGUUUCGCCCGGUGGGUUCGGCGUUGGCGACCGCAGCCGUGAAGCUCGGCGCAGAGGUGCAUCUCCGAUAUCCUUCCGUGGGCGCGAAGAAGCGAGCGUGUGGUUCUCCAUUCUGGCCCGAGCCCGGCGAGGACAAGCGUCACGAAGCUUUCUUCAGUGAUUGUUCCUCCGCACCGAAGCAGGCGGUCGCGGAGGGUCUGGCAGCGACUCAUAUACUGCAUCG